AUGUCCUCUUCGAAUGAUCAGGAAGCUGGGACACAUAGAGAUCCCGUUCAGAAACGUUCGCGAUACGCGGAUUAUAUACUGCGAUCGCUGCAGAUUGACUCUAACAGAGCAUUCGGGAACCUUGAUUGGAACGAUAGGGACGACGACGACUCGUCUUCUGCAAGACGCCAUCUCAGAUCGCGUAGGAGUGCCGUGAGAAACGGUUCUAAAACGGAAAUUGUACAUUCAAUCGAAGAAGUUGGGAAUGCUGUAGUGGAGAAUAAUACCCCCCGUGGUGAAGAAUCUGUAUCUGGGGGAGAACCGAGCGCUGAAGAGAAGAGGAAACCGAGAAUCAAAAUUGUAUGGUCUUACCAACAACAACAACAACAGGAGCAUAUUUCUCCUUUUCCUACAGAUAUUGCUGUUGCUAACAAACUCAAUGGAAAGGUGGAGUUUUUUACAAAGCUGAAUGGGGUCAGGUAUAAGUAUCCCGGUGGUGUCAAAAUAAAGUAUGAUCGUAAUCAACUCCUCAAUUUCAACAGACUGAUACCGAACGGGUUCAGUGAGAAUGAUUUACCCCCCGUAGAUAACAAAGCGCGCGCCCUCCCUAACGACUUCCAGGACAAAGAACUCCUGUUUAAGUCUGUAUACAAGUACAAAAAAGACUAUACCGUUGGAAAACUCGUACCGAACGAAACCGAUAAAGAAGUGUUCAAUAUACUGUUGCAGCGCUCUUCUAAGGCAAGGUUUGUAAAUUCGAAUAUUUCGUUAUCGUACCAGCAAAAGAUAUCCAAACUGGCUGACAUACGCAUAAAAUUCCUGCAUGGCCGUUACAAACCUGUUAUCCGCAGCGGAAUUGGUUACAUUUACAUUAACGGGUUUGAAAUAAAAACACUUUACCCGAGCCCUUAUCCGGAAUCUGUCAAUUUCCAAAGGAUUGUACACAUAUGUUCGUAUUGUUUACACUACUGUUCUUCUCGAUAUGAAUUCUCAAGACACGAUGACAAGUGUUUACAAAAGUUACAGGGGCGACCGCCAGGGACCGAGGUUUACAGAGAUAAAGAGAUAAGUAUUUUUGAGGUGGACGGAAGAGAGGAGAAACUGUUUUGUAGGAACUUGUGUCUGCUCUCUAUGCUAUUUCUCAAAUCGAAGACACUGUACUAUGAAGUGGAGCCAUUCAUGUUCUAUGUGCUUUACAAGAAUGAGGGAGAAUUCAUCGGAUACUUCUCAAAGGAGAAAGUCAAUUCAACUGGCUUCAAUCUGAGCUGUAUCAUAACACUACCUACCUACAGGAGGGCAGGGUACGGUCAUUUACUGAUGGAGUUCUCUUAUUUGUUAUCUAGACGGGAAUACAAAUUGGGUACUCCUGAGAAACCGCUUUCUGAUCUUGGUCUUCUUACUUAUAGAAACUACUGGAAGAUCAAGUGUGCAGAGACACUCCUCUUCUUACACAAGAAAAAUUGUACCCGAAUAAGCCUGAAUGAGUUAAGCUCUUUGACGGGACUGACGACCACCGACAUUGUAUUUGGGUUGGAACAACUGAAAGUUAUAUGUUGCCGAAAAAAUAUUACAAGACCGAGGAAAAAGGACUAUGGACUUUACAUCGACAACUGGGAUCGUAUCCAACAAGUAUACGACGCCUGGAGAUCUAAGGGUUAUGUUACACUAAAGUCUGAUAGCCUGUUAUGGAAGCCCAUGAUUUAUGGUCCAUCAUCUGGAGUCAAUGCAAUCAUCAGCCACACAUCCAAUACAGAACCCCAUUUAGAAGAGGAAGACCCCCCCGUGGACUUUUUCAAUAAGCAGAUGUCGUCAGCAGUUCGGUCUAUCUCAGAGCACGGGUUUGGUGAACUGUCUCCAGAGGAUAUCACUAUAGCUGAGAUUAAUCAAAGAGCGGGCGAAACUGCAGAUGAUGACGUAGAUGACGAAGAUAGUGAAAAUUGGCAUGUGUGUGUCCUAAACUCCAAUGGUGCCUGGAGUUCAGGGGAACCUCUUGAGACUGUAUUGAGGCCAAAAAGUAGUCUAUCGGCACCAAGUAUCAGUGAUGCUGAGGAUGAAGACGACGAGAUGGUGACAGCCCCAGGGGUGAGAAACCAUCGCAAAAAUAUCCAUUUUGUAAAUGGUACGGUUGAUGACGGGGAACCGGAUCGUACUGGAGUGUCUUACACAGGAACGAACCCUGAGCCCGCUUCCCCAAUGGCAUCUUCAAUUAAGUACCAUCGAUGA